UACAGAAGAAAAUGGCUGCGAAAACAGAUAUUGUUCGGAUUUCUUACAAUGAACUAGAAAAUAUUGUACAUGGGAAAACUGAAAAGUCGUCAGCACAUCAAGGAAAACUAGUGAAAGAAGAUGAUCCCGCCAAUAGAUUAGACAAAAAGAAGGAGAGGCGACAGAAACGUCCCACAAGAGGAGUGUAUCAACCUCCAAGUAUCUUAAGGCACAAACAACAGCUUGAACAGGCAGGGGGAGGGAAUUGGAAUGGUGAGGCUGAAGGGGAAACACAAGGCGAAUGUUGGGAGGAAGAAUUAGAUGUGGAAAGCCAUGGGUCAGCAACUAACAGCAGCAAGGAAAACAGUGUGGAAAAAGAGAUUGAUGAGGUCCUCUCAAAUAUCAGAAAUUUGCAAGUGCAGUCUGAAGAUGGACUAGCCAGUACUGCAGAUUCCAAGAAAAGGUCAAAGACUGGAAAAAGGCCAGAGAUUCAGCGAUAUGUUCCCAAGGGAAAGCUGAUAGAACAAAGUCAAAAAGACUCAGAGUCAGAGGAGGUUGAUGAUUCCUCAAGAAUUCCACCAGUGAACCAAUCAGCUGGGACCCCUUCUCAUCUUGAGGACAAUACCUCUCCACGUAAAAUAGACUUAGGGAAAUCUUCUCACAUGGAUGUUAAAAUCACAUUUGUGAAUCAGACAUCCUCCGCUCAAGGAUCCAAAUCGGAUCAAGUUCCAGCCACUCCUCAAAGAGCUGGCAGUGAGUCAAGAUUAGUGGGAGGUCAUGGGGAACUUCAAACAACUGGAGGUCAGAGGUUGAGGUCAACUGGAGUUCAAGAGGAUUAUCAGAUGCAAAAUAGACACAAAAAUGACAAUCAUGGGCAGAAAUUUACCAGAGACAGACACCAAGGUCAGAGAGGCCAGGUCAUGGUUGAGAAGGGAGGUAAGCGUGUAGGAGGCUUUGGAAGGGGACAGAAUCGAGAAGAAGGUUAUGGCACUUGGCCAAGAGAAAAGGGAGGGGGUAGAGGGAAUUCCCCAAAGGAAAACAGUCCACCUUGUGCAGAAAAUUGGGAUAUAGAAUUAAGGAUUGUGGAAAAAGGUGACAUUGAUCAGAAAGAAGACAAACGAAAUCAGAAUACUUCUCAAGCUAGUUCUACUAUUAUUACCGGAUCAGAACCACCGAAACCGCAGCGAAUUAAUCAACGCCGACCACGCGAUCGACCAGUUAAGCAGACUACUGUGUCCAUCAUCAACGCCCCAGAUGAACCUGAAGACGCCAGUGGUAAUCACAUACCAACCAUGAUCUUUGAGCGACGAAACAGUAAUUCAUCAAUAACUGGCAGCAUUCAGGGUAGCAAUGAAAAUCUGAAACAAAAACCUCCAAAAGGACAGAUUUCAGCCAAGGGUCCACCUAAGAGAUACUCACUUUCAACAAUGCGAAGACAGAGGACUGGAAGUGUCAGCAGUGACGUGAGUACUGCAAGUGAUUUGAGUAUUGAUGAUGAAACAACAACUAGAAUUCUGGACUGGGAUAAAGAAGUAGAGAGAGAGAUGGCUAAACAAGUCCAAGAUGAAACUAUGAAGUUGAAGGAAUUUCUGGAGAGACAAGGUGAUUUUCCUGGAAUGGACUUUGGAAUGGGAACUAAUCAGAAACAAUCGGACAGAAUGUCGGAGUCAGGUAGUGAGUACAGUGUUUACCGUGAUAAAACAAGUGAGAGACAAUAUAGACCCUCACGAGCUAAAGACAAUCAAUACAACGAGAAUAUCAAUCGUAACUCAGGUUCCCGUGACAGACACGAUAGCAGCGAACAUUGGUACAAUGAGGUGCCCAGAAGUAGACGAAGAAACAGACGGAGUUCACUAAAUGGUCGGCAUAGUCGAGACUCCAGUGUGUCCAGUGUCCAGAGUGUUCAGAGUUACCAAGGAGAUGAGGGGGAGAAAAUGUACCAUAGCCUGAGUCUUCCACGAAAAGGGAGACGUCGGAGGAGGAGUAGCAAUGCAAGUCUCAAAGAUAUGAGUUCUAGUCGGGAAGCCCUCAAUAACCCAGAAAACCUCAGCCUCAAGAUCACAUUUGCUCAAGAUCACAACGAGAAACGUCAAGUCACAAUGCAAGGACCUAGUCAAGGUCAUCAACUAGGUCAUGGCCAAGGUAAUCAACAAGUUCCUGGUCAUCAGCAAGGACAAAAAGGUCAGGGUCAUGGUCCAGUACCUCGAGGCAGAGGACGGGGUAGAGCCCGGAGUGCUGAGAGGAGCAGGGAAAAGCAGGGGUCAGGGGGUAGGCAUGAUGAAUACAGAGGACAAACAGGACAGGACAAAGAUUUCCAUGACAGAGUUGGUGUAGGUAGGGGGCAGGACAGGAGAAGUGUAGGCAGGGGGCAGGACAUUAGGGGAAGUCGGGGGUUGGGACAAGAUGCAAGGGUUGGUGGUAGAGACAACAGAAGUCAUGACAUGAGAGGCCAUGGUCAUGAUGCCAGGGGUCAAGGUCAGGACAUUAGAGGUCAUGAUACAAGAGGUCAAGGACAAGACAUGCGGCAUCCUAGUUCUAGAGGUCAUGAUACAAGAAGUCAUGGGAAGGAUCGACAUGACAGGCGUGAACGUCGACACUCAGGACGUGAUGAACAUAUGCAUGAGGCUGGUACCUCACCUCGUGGUGGGUUACUCAAACUUCCAUCUGGUGCACUUCAUACUGAGACUCAAAAUCUACGGGAUGAAGGUAAAAGUCACAGCAGAAAGAAUGUUGGUCCUCAGGCUCACCCAGGUUCCUCUGGAAACUCUGCUAGGGGUGGGGCAGGGCAGAGGAGACUCUUUGACCCUAACAAUCCAAACAAGCCCAUUAUGAUACAGGAUGGUAACAAGUCACAAAACUAUCAGGAGGAGAGUAAACCUCUUCAGUUCCAGGAUGUUGGUCACGAUAACCCAACAACACCUACCUCACCCCGUGGGCAACAGCCCCCUUUCCAUCAGGGCUACCCCCAAUGGGAUCCUGCUGCACCCUACUUUCAAAACUAUGAUCCUAGAUUGGUGGACACUGGACAUGGUUUUCCACAGCGACAUCCUGGUCCCCAUCCAGUACCCCUUCCUGGACACCCUGGGCAACCCGGAGGCUACUAUUAUCCCUACCCAGUUCCAUACAGAGACAUGGCUAUGUACCCUGAAGAGAUGUACCACAGGGACCCAUACUAUCAAGGUGGAGAGUUUGAACAGGAUUUGGCCAUAUCAGGGCGAUCUCGGACCCAGUGUCGUGCCAUAGCAGAGAGGAUGAUUCAGGAGUCCCUUUCAUUGGAUAGCCAACUAAGUGACCUAGUGGCAAGACGGCUGUCAAGCAAGGAUUUCACCACCCUCACCCAGAUCAGACAAGACCUGCAGUCUAAAUGUGAACAGGUGAUCCUGUUGGACCUCGAUGUCGCCAACAAACACAACACCGAGCAGCUCUUGUGGAAAUCUGUUUACUAUCAGGUCAUAGAAGUGUUCAGGAAAAUCUUGUCUGAGGAAAAGGAUGAAGAAACCAAGACCCAACUCACACAGAUACUCAAUCAGGGAACUGAGUUUUAUGAACGCCUUCUUCAGAAACUUCAGCAGACUUUUAAUUUCCAACUUGAGGCUUUUUUGGAUACAAGUGUCUUACCCCCAGACAACAUAUCUCGCACAGUCAAACUUGCUUUAUUAAGCACCCAGAGGACUCUGAUCUGUCUCGGUGACAUUGCUCGCUACAGAGAGCAGAGCAGUGACACUGGAAAGGUCAACUAUGGAAGAGCAAGAAACUGGUACUCGAAGGCACAACAAAUAGCCCCUAAAAAUGGCCGUCCUUACAACCAACUGGCUAUACUUGCUCUCUACACGAGGAGGAAGCUGGAUGCUGUGUACUACUAUAUGAGAAGCCUGGCGGCCAGUAAUCCAUUCUUAACAGCCCGGGAAAGUCUUAUAUCAUUGUUUGACGAGGCAAGAAAGAAGGCCCAGAACUCUGAGAAAAGGCGUGAACAAGAAAAAGAAAAGGUUCAACGACUGAGACAGCAAAAGCGACAACAAGGGGAGAGAAUUGAGAUAUGGGUGUCGGCAGAUGGUACCAGUACGGAGAACAAUGGAGAUGAGGGGACUGAUCUGGACUUGUCAAAACUGGAUGCUGUAGAGCUGAAUAAAAGAUUUGUUCUCAGUUUUCUCAAUGUUCAUGGAAAACUCUUCACAAAGGUUGGGAGAGAGACAUUUCCUGAGUGCUGUGCCCAGAUGCUGAAGGAAUUUGAUGCAUUGCUUCGACGAGGGGCAAUAGGUCCAACAAGACUGCUUCAACUCAUGGCUAUCAACAUGUUUGCUAUUGACAAUACAGCUCUGAAGACUCCCUUGUCACCAUCAGACCCUGGCUCUGAACUUUUAAGAUCGGAACUCCAGGAGCAGGCAGUGCAGCUCGGCUUGGAUAUGUUUGGAAUCCUGGUGCGUAGAUGUUCAGAACAGUUGAAAGAACACCUGGUGUCAAAUGAUUAUCCAGCACACAUGUUUAGUCGAGAGCUGGAGGAACAGGUUCCCGGCAUCAAGGUGUGGACAGAUUGGAUGUACUGUAACCCAACUCUGUGGAACCCACCUCCAAACAUACACGAGUUUACCCUUGGACCAGAUGUUGAUGUUUGGCAGUCUUGUGCUGACCUAUGUAAUAUACUGAGAGAUGUGGACACAUCACAUGUCAAACUCUACAAAGAAAAGAAAGAAGGCUGUGAUCCAGUAAUCCUACAUGAAGAUAACAUGCUGGCUGGAUUUGUACCACUACUUAGCCUACCCAUCAAAUUCCAAUAUGUGCACAGUACAGUUACCAAGGAAAUAGCCCAGGAUUGUUGUAGGAUUGAAAAGCUUCAGGACUUUGGUGACUACCUUUGUGGCAUUCCUACUCCAAUGUUGUCGUUUGAUGUGGAACGGAAGCAGUACUAUUCUGUAGCACCACCUACUGGCUUCUCCGAUGAUGAGAAAGAUGAGGAGAAAUUGGAGGCUCACCUCUCAGGGGAAGAAGAUGUAAUUGUGGAGAGUGAGUCAGAGGAGAUUACAGGCGAGGAUGACGAACAUAUUCGACAUCUCCGUGAGAAAAAAGAGGAAUUAAAACGCAUCAAGGAAGAGCAGCGGAAACAGAAGGAGACAUUUCAGAAGAUUGUAGAUAAGAACCGACACCACUUGAUAGAGCUGGAGAUUCAUCCCAUCUUCUUGGUCCCAGACACCAACUGUUUUAUAGACCAUCUUAGCAGUAUACAGAAACUCAUACACCACCAGAAAUAUACUGUCACCAUCCCUCUCAUAGUGAUAAAUGAGUUGGAUGGUUUGGCUAAGGGCAGUAGGAUGGGACAGUAUGACAGUCAGGAGCAUGCUAAUAAGGUGAAAAAGAGUGCCGAGGAAACCAUCAGAUAUCUGGAGGCAGAGUUCCAAAAGAAAAAUAACCACCUCCGAGCACAGACCUCGAAAGGAAACAUUAUGGAAACCAUCUCAUUCCGAAGCGAGGAAACAGAGACCGAUUCUGGUAAUAACGAUGACCUCAUAUUGUCCUGUUGCCUCCACUACUGCAAGGACAAGGCUCGAGAUUUUAUGACCAAAGACAAAGAUGCUCCCAUCCGACUCUUCAGAGAUGUAGUGCUACUGACAGAUGAUCGAAAUCUACGCCUGAAGGCACACACCUACAACGUACCUGUCAAAGAUGUCCCUUCAUUCAUACAGUGGAGUAAGGUCACCUGAUGCCCAUGGUCAACGAUGUGAUGUCAGAGAUCAUAAAGGUCAAGGUCAUCAAACAUGGCCUGCUAGCUCCCUCCCUCAAGCUGUGAUGGUGUGUGAUGAAAUAGAAUGGCGUAAUCAGUCAAGCAUGAUGGGACGUGGAGUUAAGCAUCACUUCCCCUGAAUAGACUGAGAUGGUUGCAAUACCGUCUCGUCAAUGAAUGGGGGAUGCCAAAAAUUGCUAUGCGUGUACUUACCCUCAACAGUGAAAAUGGUGUGUUUGUUACUUAAUAUAGUCAACAUUCAUUCAAAUAAAUGUCCGUACCUUAGAAUAAGGAAAGUAUCAUACAGCAAAAAUAAUUUCCAGUCUGAUUCGUCCGAAGUAACAUAAAUGUUUCCCGGCUUAUCGACUGACGUUAUGUAAUUCUCUGCCAGAAAAUGGCAUCUGAGAUCCAUUAUGCUGAUAUAUGGCAUAUUGAUGUCAUAAAGAGGCUUUAUCCUCGGCUCAACUUUGGAAUGUUGGAAAGCAAAACUGAUGAAGUGUGUUAAUUAUAUUACAAACCCCUGUCAGCACCGUAACAGGACGUUUGACGAUCUGAUGAAAUAUAUUGGUGUGACGUUUUACAUCAGAUUAUGUGAUUCAACAUUGGAUUUUUUUUUUUACAAUAGACUGAAAUGGACAGUGAGAUUUGCUUUUCUUUAAAUUUUUUGUUUUUGACUUUGAACUUUGUCUUUUAAUUUGUUAAUAAUUUUAUGAAAUGUUCUUAAAGUGACAAUAUAUCUAUAUAUUGUAAUGGGAGAAGAAACACAAAGAAAAGAGUAUCAGUUACCGGUAGUAAACUGUUUACUACAAAAGGAAGAAAAAAAAGGUAUUGUGUUGAUGAUACAUGUUUCUUUAAAAGAAGUGGAAAAACGUGUUUGUGGCAUUGAUAAGAAGAUUUGACAAGUUUUGCAUUAUUUUGAUAUUGAAGGAAAUGCAAGUCAGCUUGCAUUAAGUUAUAUGAAGAACCAUUGUGAGAAACAGGAGAGGAUCGCCAACACCUGGCAGGAAAGAAUUAUAGUGUUAUCUUAAAGUAGAGUAUACGUAACAAACUGCAUAAAGCCAGCUGAAAUUGUAUAAGAUACAGAGGUGCACGUUUCAGAAAGUUCACAUUCAAAGGAUGGAAAUAUUUGGAGCUUGAAACCUCAGUUAGUUGAAAUGUUGAUAGAAUAGGAGCUACAAAUCUGAGGAAGUUGGUUGGAAACGAUUGGAGAUUUGAAUAUUCCAACCUCAUAAAUUUCACAAACGGACAGAAUGUUGGAAAGAAAAAAAUUGGGACUAGUUAUCGUGAGAAAACUUGCUGGAUGUGUUGAAUAAACAUUUACAGAUAUAAGUGAAAUGUGGAUUUUAGGGACAAUCAAUUCUGUAAAAUUGAUUCAAUCCAUAAUUUCAGGGGCUCUAUACCUUGUUCCAGAUGAUCUUAACAAAAAUACUUCCCGUAGGGAAGUGAUGGUAUACCCCAGAACUAGCCGACUUUUCCCCCUAGGAGAGCGGUUGUAUAUAUAUGUACCCCAGACCUAGCUAACUUUAGUUUGGAGUACACAAAUAUAUAUCUUUUUUAUGUAUCCAGCUAGCUAUAAAUUGAUACAUGCAUUAUAAGACACAUACUUAAGAGUGCUUGAACAUAUUGCAGUAACAUAUUUAUUAAUUCUCUAGAUUUGUUUUUAUUGUAAAUGGAAUUUUUGAUAGCAUCAAUACAUAUUCAAAUUACCUCAUACAUGUGUGUGUAGUGUUUGGAGUCAAAGUUGUACUUAUUGAGAAUUUAAGUUUAAUGUUUUUAUUUUUCAAUUACCAAUUCCUAUUUCGAAGGGUAUAUUUAAAGAAAAGAAUUGAAAGCAAAAUUUUGUUGAAAUUAAUACAAAAAUGAAAUGUAGAUUUGGUAUAUUAAAUUAAAAUGAUAAAACAUUACAAAAAAUGGAUCUGGUUUUUGAGCGAUGUUUUGUUUCUUGCUAAUUUUCAUGUAUUUAUCCAUAUACAAUGUGCAUUAUAUGAUUUAGAAACUUCUCAUAUAAGACCUGUUAAGUGAAGGAAAGUUUUUUCAUUUCACGUUCUUCCAUUUCUUUAUAACAAAAUAAAAUUUCAUUUGGAGAAAGGAUUGAACAACAGGCUUGGCCUAUAUGAUGUAGUUCUUUCCUAAUAUUAGUUCUUCCAUUAACCUACAGCAUUCAUACUCAUAUCCUUCCACCAUUAAUUCAGCCCUCUCACUCCUGCCUCUUUCCUUUCCCCUGUGUAUAAGAUGAUCGUUUACUGAUUUUAAUUGUAUGUAUUCAUUAUAUGAAGUUGUAGUUAUUGUUAUGUUUAACACAUGUACAUAAUUUACAGAAAUGUACAGUAAUAAAUAUAUGUACUGUGUGUGUCCAAUUUUGAUGGAUGAACUUAAGAUUACAUACAGUCUUCUUCCUCAGAAAAACAAGUCCGAAUUUAGUAAUAUUAGAUUUGCUAAUUUAAUAAAUGCUUUUGAUUUGGACAUGCAGUUUUCAUACGAGGUAUACAGAAAUUAACAUGCAGUACCAUGUAGAAAUGAAGUGCUUUUUAAAAUGUGAUGAAUAUACAGAUGAAUAUAUUUGAAUAAUUUA